AUGAGGAGAGCUCUCUCCUCUCUCCUGUGCCUUGCCCGGCGGGCAGGGAAUCUCCUGAUCUCUGUGUUGAUCGCAAUAUUUUUCAGUUGUCUACGAAAUCAGACUUGGGAGCUCCAAUGGGAUUCAAGCGUGCAUAGGUGCUGCGCGCCCGCAGAUGCCCAGGAGGAAACCGAUGUCAACAGAAAGGUAAGGUCCUAUAACGAUCGCCGGCGACGCAAAAUUUUCACUGGUGACGGGAGACCUACACCUCGUGAUCGAGCUUUGAGUCUAAGAAGUGCGAAGAGGAAGUAUGGUCGGUUCACAAUUGAAGACAAUGAUUUUAAUACCGCUAGUUUCAAGCGGCGGCGAUUCUCAAAAAAAGUAGCUUGGUCUUUUAAGAUCCCCUCAAUGGAAGAGUUUGAGUUGGAGGAACGGAUAGUCAUCAAAACUAAUAUGGGGGCCAAGAUAGUAAUGGCAACCGGGACUAUCUCUUCCUCGACAUUGAGUGUUAGCGGGUCAGAGACUCUUGUCCAGGGCAGAAAGCUCUGGCGUCUGGGCCAUAAUGACCCCUUGGUGGAGGGGUUGACUGUGGAGGAGCUGGUAGUGAAUACAUCCCUCAUGGUUGCCAACCCUGCAAUGGCAAUCGGGACUACCUCUCCCCCCCCCCCCCCUUUGAUUAAUGGAGUUUCAAAAAACCCUAGUCGGAGCGAUUCCCUACGGUGGCCGGAUUGCUCUCUGAGCUCCGUCGCCGGGGACGCUGUGAGUGGGGGCUACGGUUCCGAAAAAUCCUCUACACCUUGCAAGGUUGUUGGGGGAAUAUCGGUCCCGAAUCUUGCCUCCGAGUUUACGGGAUUUUUUAAAUUAAAAAACCCGGCCAAUUUGCAUCGAGAACAGAGUCCCUUUCAUAAUUGGCCACGAUUAACCCUACGCCGCGUGGCUGUGGAAAAACCUAAUAGAAUGAGCCGUUUUCUAUUUAAAGCGACUGCUAGUAAUUAUUCUAUCCUGGGCAAUUGUUUGUUGCAAGAUAGAAACAAAGCUAAAGCAGUGCAAUUCGGCGUCACUCUAGGGUUUCCUAUCCACGCAGGUAUGGUCUCUUCAUCCACUUUCCUCUCUCGGCCAUUGUUUUUGGAACAUGACCCGCUUUUAGGUGGUGAGACGGGGGGAUUGAGUCAAAACAAAAUAGGGUGUUUGGUGGAGGACACUAGUCCCAUGGUCGUAGAUUGCAUGGACAUGCAGCCACUAAUAAUGGGAAAUUUGGUGACUAGGGUUGAUUUACCUGAUCCUCUUUUGCAGGCCCAGAUCAUGGCGCACAUCUCUGCUGAUCAGGUGGUGCAAUUUUCGAUGGAGGAGGUACAAUCAACAAAAUAUCGUGCUUCUCAUUCACUGCUGGGUAGAGUUUUCAUAUCCAAAAGGAUCUCUACGACUGAGUUGAGAGAUUCGGUGAUCUCUCCCUGGCUCAUCCAAGGGCGAAUUAGAGUGGUGCUGGCCAAGCAAGGUUUGGUGGAGUUCAUGCUACCAAACGAGGAGACCAAAACCUGGGUGCUCAAACGCACUCCCUGGGUCAUCAAUGACCAGCUGAUUCACCUCAGACCGUGGACACCAACUAUAACGAAGCAAACUUUUGAUGACCUGGCAAUUGCCCCGUUCAGAAUUCAAUUGUGGGGUGUUAGAGAAGAUUGCUGUACGCAACAGUUUGGAUGGAAGAUGGUGGGGGCCUCGAUUGGGAGAGUGCUCGAAUCAGGAGUUUUUGCCUGCCAAGAUUCUGGGGCUUGGUUUGUUAAGGUCAAAGCGCUUGUGGAUUUCACUAGGCCCCUGCGAUCUCAGAUCCUUGCCAAAAAUGAUGACACAGGGAAUUUCUGGGUGAGCUUGAAGUACGAAUACCUACCUAGUUUCUGCUACCAAUGUGGUAGGGUGGGUCAUUCUCUCCGGGCUUGCUCCUUCGACCCUCCAGCUCGAACUGAAAGGUAUAGCCCUCAUAUGACCACUAGGAAGCUAGGGAUCCGUAUUUAUGAUACGGAGGAGACUGGGUCCACUUACCCAAGAGGCGCCACCAAGGUUUGGGUUAAUAACUCGUUUCGGGAUAAAAAAGGAAGAAAGGAGGAGGUCGGCUUUGCGCAUGGUGGGGAGAUGCAUGAAUCCCCUGGCCAGCCCCAGUCUCGUCACUUCCGAACCCCUCCGCGGGAGGAAGACCCUCUUGAGCAGGUGAUCGUGCAGCGCAAGCCCAGCCCUCGGGGUUUCCACGUGUCUCGUUCGCCGGCACUGAAGGUGGGCCGUACUUCACGCCCGAUGCGUGCUCACACUGACAAUGCUGUUCGGGGUCUUACUUCGCCCCGACAAACUGAGAAGCGGCAGGAAGGAGCUGGAGGUCGGGCGGAGCGGCAGAGGCAGCAGCCAUUGCAUCCGGAUGCGGCUGUCGUCCGUCCCGAGUUGGUGCAUGUCGGUGAGGAAGAUCCUCCGCAGCCUGAGGAACGUAGGGUGGGUAGGCUUGUUUCUACUGAACCCUACCGUCGAAGACUGAUUCUGGAGGCGAUGGAGGACGACUUCGAGCCUCCUCUGCCCAUAAAUAAUGAACCAGGUUCGCUGGCUGAAGGUGCAAAAAAAGUGAGGGGCCGCAAGCUGGGGAAGGUGGGGGUGACAAGGAAGCUUGGGGCCAAUUCCCAGGAGAAGGCGACCACCCGUCCGGGACGCAAGCAGAAAGGUCCUGUGUCGUAUCUGCAGGAAGAGGAAGUGGCAGCAGCUAGCCUGGUGAACCCGCCUCCUGGUGGAAAAAAGAAAGGAAAGGGUAAAUCCAAAGUUGUCCCCUCGGCCACUGUUGAUUUGAAUUUUGCGAUGGGAGGCUCGAUGGGGGAUGAAGGGAUGACGGUGGGAGAUGAUCAGAAGGGGGAGGGGCAUGCCCUCUCCGAUGAGGCUUUAUCGGAAGAAGAUGCGUCCCGCUUUGUGAUCAAAGAGAGGCGGCUGCCUUCAGAAAAGGAGCAACUGGUACAGCCUGGGCAAGUUAAACAGGUUGUGGAUGCUUUUGAAGAAGGUCUCGUGAUCAAUGAAAUGAAAGGGAAGUUGGAGGGGGUGAUGGAAGAGAAAGCCCUAAAGAUUAAUGAAUAUGGUUCCAAUUUGGAGGGUGGAAACCGAAAGAGGUCUCUGGAAGAGCUGGAGGGGGUGUCUGCGGAUAGUCCCAAUCCUAAGAGGCAAUUUGUGGAAGAGCAAGCUGAGACAGUUAAUGCUGAAUUGGUGGAGGAAGCCAGCCAAGAGUGGCCCCAAGCAGAUAAAUGA